AAGAUUAAAACAUUUAAUUGAAUUAGCCAUGGAGAAGUAUACUGCCCAAACCAUCUUCUCCAUCUUUUCUCUUCUUCUUCUCCUUUCUUCAUGUGUCUCUGCUCAGCUCCGGACAGGUUUCUACCAGAACUCAUGUCCGAACGUCGAAGGCCUUGUCCGUAACGCCGUCCGUCAGAAAUUCCAGCAGACUUUCGUUACCGCUCCGGCCACUCUUCGCCUCUUCUUCCACGAUUGCUUCGUUCGCGGAUGUGAUGCGUCAAUAAUGAUAGCAUCACCAUCGGAGAGAGACCAUCCAGAUGACAUGUCAUUGGCCGGAGACGGAUUCGACACGGUGGUGAAGGCGAAGCAAGCCGUUGAUAGCAAUCCCAACUGCCGCAACAAAGUCUCAUGUGCUGACAUUUUGGCUCUCGCCACUCGUGAAGUCGUCGUUUUGACCGGAGGACCGAGCUACCCGGUGGAGCUAGGGAGGAGAGAUGGCAGAAUCUCCACGCAGUCCAGCGUUCAAAACCAACUGCCUCAGCCCGGUUUUAACCUAAACCAGCUCAACGGCAUGUUUAGCCGUCACGGUCUCUCUCAAACCGAUAUGAUCGCCCUCUCAGGAGCACACACUAUAGGAUUUGCACAUUGUGGAAAAUUCACAAAGAGAAUCUACAAUUUUAGCCCUAGCAGACGUAUCGAUCCGACUAUUAACAGUGGAUACGUGACUCAGCUUAAGCAAAUGUGCCCGAUCGGAGUCGACGUACGUAUCGCAAUCAACAUGGAUCCGACCAGCCCACGUACUUUCGAUAAUGCUUAUUUCAAGAAUCUCCAACAAGGAAAGGGUUUGUUCUCGUCAGAUCAAAUCUUGUUUACAGAUCAACGGUCAAGAUCUACAGUUAAUACGUUUGCCAAUAGUGAAGGAGCUUUUAGACAAGCUUUUAUCACAGCCAUCACCAAGUUGGGUCGGGUUGGUGUUUUGACUGGUAAUGCUGGUGAGAUUCGAAGGGAUUGUUCACGUGCCAAUUAGUGAUCUUGAGAUUUUUUCUCUUUUAUUCCUUGAGAUGAUUUGUUUUUUUAAAAAAGUAUAAUAAAAAUUUAAUUUCUUG